GCAGGAAGUGAGCCCCGAGAGUGGGACCCCAAGGCGAAAUCCACAAAUGCUCAGACGGUUCCGUUCUUCCGUGGAGAGUGGAGGUCGCUGCUACUCAUUCUUAUUCUUAUCCUUCGCCGUCGUCGCCGUUGUCCGCAUCGACGACCACGAGUGAGAAAGCACGGCGGAUGAAAGUAGGCGCCGCGUGUCCACGCGCAACACACGGUACACAAAGCACGCGUGCUGCGACGAGGAGUCAUCGUGUGUCUUUGUUAUCGGGGCACAGUGAUUAAAAGAAGAUCGACGCGUGUUUCUUGGAUCGCUCGUUCGAUCCGUUAGUGUGAAAAAUCUACGUUGGAACUACAACCCGAGAUCCCGUUUUUUUCCGUGUCCGGAUUUUUUCUCAAGCUCGAGGGAAAAUCGCGAGGAGAGCCCACGGUAUCGUUGCAUCGUCGCGAUCCGAUUCGUCGAGCGUAUCGCGAGCCUGCAGCCAGUCACGAGCGAGCUGUCGGGCUGCGAAGAGAGACGGAGCGGAUUGGCGAGACAAGGAGAGACGUUGAGGACGCGCAGCGUGCCAGGGGAAGAAAGUGACAGUGCGUCAGUACUCCGGUCGGGCUCUGGCGUGGAUCACGGCCCGUUCUCGUAGCUUGUCGCAACAGUAGAGUCGAAGAGAGAAGUUAGCGUAUAUUGCUCGAGCCGAGUACGCGGGGGGAGGAAAAAUUGUGUUGAUAUGAGGAGCGUCGAGUGUGUACGGUGACCAGACGGAGCAACGGUGACUUUUCGUGAUUACCAUUAGUGUUCCCGAGAGGCUCGUCUGCGAGAGACAAUAACCGAGUGUUUCGUAGUAAUGCUCGUAGGUGAAUUCGAUCGUAUACGAACGGUGCGCAGUGAUCCUGUGCUCGAUUGAAGGGCUGCAUCGUUUGUUACACGACCAGGUGUAUCGAGAGUUCAGGUGAUUGAAAAGGAUUUAUAUACCGGUGAACUUUAUUCGUGUUUUUCCGGCGAAACGAGGACAAACAUUGCUAAGAAGUGACUGUUACGGUAAAUAGUGAGACAGUGCCGGUGGUGUUUCACCGCCUUCGACCAGUGGUGAUCCAGGUAGAAGGAACGAAAUCUCCGUAGAUGGUGGAGAAAGGAUCGAAAAACGACUUCCAUGUUAGAAUCUUGGAAAGAAACGAGGAGACUCGUCGUCGCGUAGUGUUCACCGGUUCGUUGUGAACAAGGUGUAGCACGAGUGACGUCCAACCGGGCGAGUAGUAUAGGGAGGUGCGCGAGUUCUCGGCGUUUCGUCGAUUUUCUUGACGUCGGGAGGUACCAGGAAAGGGCGGCAAACUGUACGGCCACCGGGAAGAAGAGAUGCUCACGAUGGAGUCGGACCUGAAGGGCGGCAGCCUGCACGGUCAAAUGCCACCGCACCCACACCAGGGUGUAUCGCCGAUGGGCCACCAUACCGGUGUAUCUCCGUAUGGUAGCCUCGGCUCGAUAGUGCACAGUCCAGCCCUGUCCGGAAGUCCUCCGAGUACCGGAGGUCUCGGUCUCGGACUCCAGCACCAUCACCAAACGCCCCAGCAUCAUUACGCUUCCAUGCAGGCGGCCCAGCAACAGCAGCAGCAACAACAACAACAGCAAAGUAUGCACUCGUUGGCGCAACAAGCUGGUAGCCAACAGCAACAGCAGCACCACCCGCAUCAACAGCAACAGCAACAGGCCCAGCCUCAACAACACCACCAGGCACCGAACAACAACAACAAUACCAGCAAAAACAACAACAUCGACCGCGUGAAGAGGCCGAUGAACGCGUUCAUGGUGUGGUCCCGUGGACAACGGCGCAAGAUGGCGCAGGAGAACCCGAAGAUGCACAAUUCGGAGAUCUCGAAACGGUUGGGAGCCGAGUGGAAGUUGCUCAGCGAAACGGAGAAACGUCCGUUCAUCGACGAAGCGAAACGAUUGAGAGCCGUACACAUGAAGGAACAUCCCGACUACAAAUACCGGCCGCGACGCAAGACCAAGACGUUGCUGAAGAAGGACAAGUUCCCUCUCGGCGGCGGUGUGGCCGGUGUCGGCGGUAUGCUGGGCGUCGAUCAGAGGCAAGUCGGUGCGGCCGGUGGUCCUCAGCAGGCCCAAUUGUCGCGCGACGUUUAUCAGAUGCCAAACGGUUACAUGCCGAACGGUUACAUGAUGCACGAUCCGACGGCCGCGUAUCAGCAACACGUCGCGUACGGCGGUCACAUGGGUGGCGCAGCAGCCGCGGCCGCGGCAUCAGCCUACCCUAGGUACGAGAUGGGACACCACAUGGGCGGCGGCAGUCCGAGCCCCAUAAACAGCUACAUGAACGGUUACAGUGGAUACAGCACCACCGUACCCGGUGGUUCACCGUCGCCUUAUCACCAAGCUCAACCCGGCUCACAGAUGUCGAGUCACAGUCCCAGCGGUAGCAGCAUAAAAUCGGAGCCGACGAGUCCGGCGAGCGGCGGUAUUCACACGCCUACGCCAACCGGUGCCUCGUCGACGGCCGGUGCCGGUGGUCAGGUCGUGAAACGAGAAUACAUGGGACAACAGCAGACGCAGCAAACGCAGGGUGACCUAAGGCAGAUGAUCUCGAUGUAUCUACCGCAAGGAGUCGACCAGGGUGUCGUGCAACACGGAGCCGGUGUCUACUCGCCUGGACCGUCGCCGGAUCCCCUCGCGCAGCAUCACUCUGCCAUUCCGCCGCUCACUCAUAUGAUAGCUUAGAGUGACAGAGAAGCUUGGAUGGACGGCUGUACGCGUUGGACUUCCUUGAGAAAAUUGACGGAGAACGAGCGAAAUGGUAGAAAAUAAAAAAAAAAAGAUAAAGAGAGACGUGGGGUCCGAGACGGGAUCGCGAAAGGUUUCUCGCAACCUUCGGGAGGAAAUUCUCACGCACGGACGAGGGGCAGAAAAUGCAUUAAAAUGCAAAAAUUAAGAAAACGUGUUCCGUCAACGACGGACUCGAGGACUCGACGCCAUUUUUCAAAGGAUCCAAGGAACGGAAUUGCAACCAAGUACGAAAGAAGAUGAAGAAGAUGUUGACGAAGAUACGAAGAAACAGAACGUGUGUUUGAUUCGAGAACGAUUAUCGUGAAGUAAUCGCGAAGAGACACCGCGUGAUCCGCGAGCGACGUGCAACAACUUCCGGUUGUUCCCUAAGCUUGCGACGAAUCUCCGCUCCCGCGGUCCCCACGUUCUUCUUCGGCCGUCGUUUCGUCGGAGAGCGUUCCUUUUUUCUUUCCUUCGACGCGAUCGCGUGGAAAAUCCUGCUCCUUCGCGAGACCAUCGAACGAGGAACACAUUUUUCCACCGAAAAAUGGAAAAGAAGAAUCGAUUCGAACGUAGAAUUGUCCUUCGUUCUUUGGUCCCUCGAAGAAGACGUCGUCGCGUGUCCGCUGAAUAGAUUCGGCUAGGGAGAAAAGGGUCAGCGAUUCGUCGACAAGCGUGCUCGUUUUCUCUCCGUUCGUAGGAAAGGAGUCGAGAGGGAAAAGGAGACGAGAACGCGAAACGAUAAAACCUCUUACUGUGAUAAUAAACAAAAGAAAAAAGAACAAUGAUGCACGGUGGUGCGUGCGAGGGAAAUAAAAUAUUAUAUCCAGGGUAUAGUCGAAUAUAGUCGAUGUGUGUGGAAGGUAUUGAGAGAGAAAAGGGCGAGAAAGACGAACGGUGAUCGAUGCAGAAAACGUAGAAGAGGAAACGAGUAGCGACCCGGAGAAGAAUUCGUAGUCGUCGCUUCGCGUGGCUGUAUAUAUAUACAUAUUUAUAUACAUACAAUAUACGCAUAUAUGAAAUAUUAUAUAUAUAUAGAAACGUAUAGAGAGGAGAGUGUAUUAUAUUUUCCGCGUUUAGCAAUAUUUUCCUUUUUUCUCUCUCUCUCCCGUUUACCGGCGUCUCGUUCGACGUCCAUCGUCGGUUGCGUCCGUCAGUUUCCCUUCGCGAUUUUCCUCCUUUACGCCCGAGAUCAUUGCAAUUAACCAGGGAAUGAACGAGCGAACGAAUUGUACGAGGAAAACGAACGUUGCCUGUGAAAAGAUAGGAAGAUCGUUCGCCAGGAGAAAUAGAAUCAUUUGGUUGUACGACGAUUGUAAGGAUGUUUUUUCAAGUGCACAUCGUUCCCUGAAAUUAAAACCCUAUCGUAAUUUUGCGUAGAUAGAAGAAACCCUUUCAGUAUUGGCCCGGGAAACUGUGUUCGUACGCGAGAGCGGGAAAAAUUCAAGCGUUCCUUCUCCCCUUUGUACAUAUAUAUAUAUAUAUUAAAAAAAAUGAUAUCCCAAAAACCUUAUUUCUCUCCUUGAUAACGCGAGAGAAAGAUUCGCUCCGCGAAUUAAAAUCUUUUCACGACUCUCGAAGAACUUUACGAUACACGGUAUAUUUUAUUAUUGCGUUAUUACGUUUACUAUUACUACAUUGACCCUGAAAGUACGAUUUAAUAUUAUUAUUACUAUCAUUAAUAUUAUAAUUAUUAUUAUUAUCCUUAGUAUUGAGUUCUUUUUAUUAUCAUCUUUAUUAUUAAUUAUUAUUAUUCUAGUUAUCAUAAUUAUAAACUUCCCCGAUUUUCGUUUCAGUAUCCAGUUCCCUUUCCAGAAAUCAUCGUCCGCAUUUCCCGCGUGUCAUCUUCGAAUUCCCGUCGUCGAGCAAUCUGUAAAGCGUUCGCGCCGCAAGAUAAAUCGAUCCGAGAGUUCGAUCAAUCGCGACCGAUCUGCGACGUCGAAACGAACGGAGAACGUCGAAAAAAUUUCGCGAUAUCCAGGAAUCUUGAAUCGUACGUUCGGCUCGCUGUAACCGUGACACCGUCUGUGAUAAGAGGUUUCGAAAACCCUCGAUCGAAAUUCUUUUGUUUCUUUUUAUUUUUCGAGAAUUCAUUGUUCGAGACAGCCAAAGCUUUUAAAUACUCGUAACUAAGUGUCUCGUUGGUAAUCGCGAUCGAGGAUCUUGGACUUUUUUACGAAAACGUCGCGUUACAGCCAGCUACGUGAUUUGUGAAAAUUUCUCGCCGACCAACUGCAAAAUGCACGAGCAGUAAAAAAUAAAAUAAAAUGGAACAAGAUAAGCGUCGUUCUCGGUUCGUUCUUUUUUUUUUUUAAAUUUUUGUUUCUUUUAAAUAUCGCUGACGAGUCACACGACGUCAUCGUCGUCUCACCUGAUGUAUACGAGCACGAAAGAGGAAGCGUAACGAUUAUACAAGCUUUGUACAAAUUAUCGCGAUGACCCGUAAUCGCGGAGUUUUCAACUCGCGAACUCUGUAUGUAAAUACGUUCAACCACGACGGGCAAAUCCGUCCGUGGUACGUUCGAAUACACAUAUACAUACGCAUAUUAA